AUGCUGUUUCGCCCCAGUCCUAGCACAGCCUUGGUCCUAGGGUUUCUGGCCUUACAAGUCGGCCUCACGCACGCGCAGGACCAACCAACGCAACCUUCUUCGACUGUCACCAGCUCUGUCGCUCCCUCGUCGACUGCACCAACGUCAAGCUCGGCCGCUGCUUCUUCAACGACGGUGGUCUCAACCAUCACCACGACUUUAUCAAGAGGACAGACGCUCCCUACAAGCCUCACCUCUUCGGCGUCUCACAGUGGCGACGUGUGGUUCAUCCCAGUGACCACGGUCAUUCCUGUAACUUCGGUUGCCACGUCGGCUUCCGCAUCAUUGUCCGCUCCUGCAGCCACCACAACGGCAAACACGACCGCAUCUGCCUUACAAGCCUCGAACAGCAAUGCUCUCCCGCUUCAUGCCAUCAUAGACCCGGCCUUUGGCGUUCUUGGAGCAAUCCUCAUCAUCAUGGGACUGCCCAUGGCGUUUUACGGUCACCGCAACCGAUGGUCCAGCUACUUUUUAGCUGGAUUCUUUGCCUUGGCCCUCAUCUGCAUCUCUAUCAUCCUCAAGGUUGGUGUCGAGCCCGCGGUCAAUCCACCAUCCAAAGCCAUCCGAGGCCUCUUCCUCGUCGCUGCAGUCAUUGCCGGUGCUGUCGGAGGUAUCAUCUCGAUCGUGUUUUGGCGUGGUGCUGGUCUGCUCGCCUGUGGACUUGGUGGCUUCUUCUUUGGCCUUUUCCUUCAAGCUGUCCGAUCUGGCGGUCUCAUCCGCCCCAUUGGCCUCCGCUUCAUCUUGUACGUCGGCAUGUAUGCCGUCUUUUUCACCGCCAGCUGCAUCGAGCGUAUCCACUCGCUCGUGCUUGCUCUGUCGACCGCCAUCAUUGGCGCCACCGCCCUCACGCUCGGCAUCGACUGCUACUCCACUCAAGGUCUCAAGGAGUUUUACGUGCGCAACCUUGGCUUCGAUUCGCUCUUCAACAACAAGUACGCGCCCACUUUCCAAAACGGUCACUUUCCGCUCGUGCAGGGCAUGCAGAUCGAACUCGGCGUUCUUGGAGCGCUUAUUCUCAUGGGCUUCGCCUUCCAAAUGCGCCUGUGGUCAGACCUUCGAACUCAGCUUUCGGCGUUGAAGCGCUCCGACGAGCGACGCAACCUGCGAUCCAAAGCGGAACGAGCCGCACGUGCCGUCGCCCGAACCGCAAAGCGCGACCUGGAAGAGUGGGAAGCUCGACAUGGCUACAACAAGACGGCCGGCCGUAACGCCGGCAGGGAUGAGGAAAGCGGCCACGUACCUGCAUCCGACUUGGAUUGUAAGGACACUAGAAGCCGCACGAGCUCUUUCAUGACCCUCUUUCGUGCCAACACCGAGGCUACGCAGCUGCCGACACCAUCGUCCAACGUCGAAAAGUUCAUCCAUUCCCCUACUCCUUCGAGCGUACUGGACAAUUCUGCCUAUCCAUUCCCCGCCCAAUCCACUGGUCGUCGUAGUGCACAGUUCCUCGACUACAUCCAGAAAGGACCCGAGCGCGUCGAACCGGAAGGUCUGUUGCGACUCGAUCUGCCGGCCAUCACUUCGCCGCUGGGAGAUAUGGGCUCGAGUCCUGUAGCACGGCCCGCGCUUGCACUUGGAGCUAGCCCUGCGACUCCUGUCGACAAGUUCGCAGCAAGCGCACUGCCCGAAUCGACGAGCGUCUUUGCGGCUCGGGUGCCGCAAUCCCUCGACCUGAUGCGUGCUUCUCCUUCCGAGGGAUCGACGGGCACCGAGUCGUUCCGACGACGUUCUGCCUCUACAGCAGCUCUGAUGGACAACUCGACCGGCUUCAUGGAUCUGGCGGUGGCGCCCAAGACCGAGCAGAGCAAGCCCGCCAGCAUCUCGCGCCCCGAUGAAGAGGCUCAUUCACUGAACAGCGUUCACGGCCGCAGUCAGAGUCUAGGCCUGACGUCCGGAUCUGUGUUUGGGGCCGGCUCGGGCAACUUGAAUGCAUCGUCAGGUUCGGCCUCGCACGAACGUACUCUGUCGAAUCCUAUGCCGCCAAGCAGACUGGCUAGCUCAGGCUCGAUCCCAAUGUUCAAGAGCUCGUCGCAUCAGAAUCAGCUGCAGCAGAAUGUCGGUGCAAUCUACUCGCAGCCGUAUGCUGAACCGUAUACAGAUUCCUACGGACACCAGUUUCGCCAAGCUCAGCUGCAGCAGCAGAGGCCUUCGAACUCGUCUACGAGUGGUGCAGUCGGAAUGGUCAGCGGCGGUCAAAGCAGCGCUGUGACACAGGCUCGUCGGUCGCUGGCGAUGCGUCGUAGCGAUCAACCUGCGGUACCCUGGUCAAAUCCGGGCGCGGAGGAUGCCCGGGCGGCUCACACACGUAGCGCAAGCGUCGAGACGCAGAGCCGACUGCGCGCCAUGUCGGUCGAGGAGCUCGAGGCUAGACAUCGGGCUAAGCUAGCAGCCCUGCAGGCGCCCGCUACUCAAACGGUCCAGGAUGCGGAUGCCCUGCGUAGAGCGAAGGAGGAGUGGGAGAGGAAGCAGAAGUUGGAGAGGAAGCGCAUGCAGGAACGCGAGGCUCAGAAGGCGGCUGCUGCUGCUGCUGGGGCAGCGUCGAAUGGCAGGGUGGCAUCGCCAGCUCGAAGCAGCCAGGACCCCCACAGCAAGAUGAGCGGUACCGGCUCACGAGAUGAACGUCGACGGUCGCGCAAUCUCAGCGCUACCCUGCUUGAAGCCGUGGGCGAAGAGGCACGGGAAGGAGGUGGAGUCAAUCGAGCUGCCGACUGGCGCAGGUCGAUCUCGAACGUGGAACAGCUGGAUCCAACAGCUGCCAAGCUACUACAUCCCGGAACGCCCACCAACACUCGCCCCACUUCACCACUGCCCGCCUUGGCGAAUCCUUUCCCCGUGCAAUCGCAGCAAGCUCGACCGCGCCUGAGCGAGACGGACCGGCGACGUCUGAGCCAAGGAGCAGGGGAUCGAUCACAGCGUCGUAACAGCCAGCCUCUUCUCGAAUUCCAGCUGCCCAAUCGCACCCAGUGA